AUGUUGUCUGCAGUGGCCACAAUUGGUUGGUUAAGGCUAUUUUCCUUCUGGAGACGCUCCACUUGUGCAGUGAGAUCAUCCAAGUGCUGCUGCUUUCGCAUCCUGGAUCUUCUGGCUGAUUCACGGUUCGAUUGCUUUCUCUUCUUUUUUCUUUGCUCCAUCAGAAGCUGCAGAUCCUCCUCAGAUCCUGAACUCUGCAUGAACUUUGUGGACAUGCUAGAGGUUCCACAGGAUGAGGCCAUCACAUACGCAAUUUACAGUUACACCAAAGUGAAGGCGUUGAUCAAUCUUGAAGGGAAGAAAGAAGAAGAAGCUUUUGAGCUUCAACGGAAAGAAAAUGGGAAGGAGAGUAGUGAGUGGAGGGUUUUGCUAGCAGAAAACUAG